AUGCUUUUCAUGGAAGGUGCACAUAACGACAAUGCUUUUCAUGAAAAUGCACAUAACGACAAUGCUUUUCAUGAAGGUUCACAUAACGACAAUGCUUUUCAUGAAGGUGCACAUAAUGGCAAUGCUUUUCACAAAGGUGCACAUAACGACAUUGCUUUUCACGAAGGUGCACAUAACGACAAUGCUUUUCAUGAAGGUGCACAUAAUGACAAUGCUUUUCACGAAGGUGCACAUAACGACAUUGCUUUUCACGAAGGUGCACAUAACGACAAUGCUUUUCAUGAAGGUGCACAUAACGUUAAUGCUUUUCAUGAGGGUGCACAUAACGACAAUGCUUUUCAUGAAGGUGCACAUAACGACAUUGCUUUUCAUGAAGGUGCACAUAACGACAAUGCUUUUCAUGAAGGUGCACAUAACAACAAUGCUUUUCAUGAAGGUGCACAUAACGACAAUGCUUUUCAUGAAGGUGCACAUAACGACAAUACUUUUCAUGAAGGUGCACAUAACAACAAUGCUUUUCAUGAAGGUGCAGAUAACAACAAUGCUUUUCAUGAAGGUGCACAUAACGACAAUGCUUUUCAUGUAAGGUGCACAUAA